UGACCUUGAUAACCCUUCCAUGCGCGCGGCAAUCGCAAGCCAAACCCCCAACUGCAUUCAGGAGAGCCUCUGCUCCGAGUGUCCGCCGGGCAGGCGCCUCUGCUGAUCGGUCGGCCGCUAGAUGGGGCUCUGCGCUGCAGCCUCUUUGGCUGAUUAGGGCGGCCCUUGGCGCGCCGCCAUUACGGGGCGGGGUGGCUGAGGCUGGGGGGAGGUGGCUGCUGGAGACCGGCGAGUGUCUUGUGCCGUACGGGGCACCGAGCGCUACCAUGAGCCGCGCUGCGGUGCCUCCUCCCGUGUUCCUGGGGGCCGAGGCAGUGGAGAAAUGUUUGCCCCGCGCCAGCCUGCUCGUCCCGCAGUUGGAAGCCGCCUUGGCCAGCUUCUCCAGCGGGCCCGAGGGAGGCGUCGUGCAACCGGUGCGCGCCGUGGUGCCGAUCCACAAGUACAGCGGCUUUUUAGGAGUCAUGCCUGCCUACAGUGCAAAAGAUGACACUCUGGCAACCAAGCUGGUGACCUUUUACGAGCACCCAAAGGAUCCUGCGGUUCCUUCACAUCAGGCAACAGUGCUGUUGUUUGAUCCAAGCAAUGGCACUCUCAAAGCCGUCAUGGAUGGCAGCAUCAUUACAGCCAAGCGAACGGCUGCCAUUUCUGCGAUAGCCACCAAGUUCUUAAUGCCAGCAGAUUCUGAAGUGCUCUGCAUCCUAGGAGCUGGGGUUCAAGCCUACAGCCACUAUGAGAUUUUCACAGAGCUGUUCUCGUUUAAGGAGGUGAGGAUCUGGAAUCGCACCAAGGAGAAUGCGGAGAAGUUUGCUUGCUCGGUGAAGGGGCCGGUUCAAGUUUGCCCUUCCGCUCAGGAGGCUGCUACUGGGGCGGACGUGAUCAUAACCGUCACUAUGGCGACAGAGCCGAUUUUACAUGGCGAAUGGGUGAAACCUGGGGCCCAUAUAAAUGCCGUUGGAGCAUGUAGGCCUGACUGGCGAGAGCUGGAUGAUGAUGUGAUGAAGAACUCUGGGUUGUACGUAGAUUCGAGAGAAGCUGCUCUCCGUGAAUCAGGAGAUGUCAUUUUAUCAGGGGCGAAGAUUUUUGCAGAGCUGGGUGAGGUGGUGUUGGGAACUAAACCAGCUCUGUGUGAGAAAACCACUGUGUUCAAAUCGCUGGGAAUGGCAAUUGAAGACAUAGUCACAGCAAAAAUGGUUUUUGAUUCCUGGUCAGCUGGCAGCUACAAUGAAGAUCUGCAAAUAACCUAAGCGACAACACAAUACAGAAAAUAAAGUAGCAUUUAGUGUUGUAUUUUUCCCCACAAUUUAUCUUCUAGCAAAAAAAUAUUUUUUAAAAAGAUGAUAACAUGCAAUCUUAUACCCACUUUACCUGGGAAUAAUCCCCAUUCAACUCAGUGGUUUAGUUCUGAGUCACUGCGCAUACAAUUGCACUGUAACUCUUAUUUUUUUAUAUAUAUUUUUCUUGAGGACAAAAGAAUUAAGAUAGAAUAGGAUAAAUCUAAUUUGUGUAACAUGCAUAACCAAUCUUUUUUCUGUGUACUUUAGUUGUGAUUCAUACUCUAUAAUCCUGUCUUGUACUCACUAUAGUGUAAGUGCAGAUUUUUGUAUCUUUAGAAGGUUACAUCAUUUUUUGAUACAAAGCAUUAGGUUGAUGACCACUGUUUAAAUAUUGAUUUAUUAUAAUUAAUAAUAAUAGGCUCCAGAAUUUAAAAGCCAAAUUUUCAAGUCCCAUUUGGUGCCUUCAUUUCAGAUCUAAAGGAUGUGAAAUGAUUCUGAAGGCUCCCCGGUGAUUAAGCUUGCCACAGAUGUAAAAUAAUAAACAUAUAGAAUUUGCAAUUCUUUCUUACCCCCUGUGCUGUCAAAUGGAUCAAGGAGGGUUGCCAAAAAUUGUAACCUUGAUAUGGAUCAAAUCCUUUAAGUGCUAUUUUUUGAAAUAAAAUAACAGAACUUCUCAA